GAUUAAAAUGCGUAGAUAUACACCACCGUCUCGCUCACGCUCAAGAACUCGAAUCGUCCUCUCUUCCUUCCUUGUUCGAAAUUCCUCGCCCGGAAAUCAUCGACGCGACGCAGAGAUCGCGAGGUCACCCGUCAAUGGCGUCGAUGGGAUGGAUGAGCAAGGUCCCGCCGAUAGCUUCUCGCCUCUACUUCCUCCUCAUCAUCCUCCAGAUCCCGCUCUUCAGGAUCACAUGUAGGUCUGGUGUGUGUACGACCCCCAUACAGGUCACAUCAUCUCAGCUUAUUGCGAGUGAGAUAAUCCCUGUUCCUGUGGUGAAGGCCCUUCUCUACCCUGGAGCUGUUGUCAAUGGCCUUGUAAAGAACAUGGCAGUUCCAAGCUGGAAUGAUUUGCUGGAUAUCUAUAAUCUUACUACUGCAAAAGAAGCCCCGGCAGUAGUUGAUCUACAGCGCUUGGAGGUUCUUGCUGGAAGCUACUUCUGUGUGGCAGGAGCACUUGUGGGUCUGCUAAAACCAGGGAGGAUGAGCAUGUUUGGGACGCUGCUAAUAAUCUGGGGUCUUGUCAAGGAGGGCAUCUUGGGAAAGCCUGUGAAUGUGGAUCCUGCAAAGGCAGUCUAUGUUUAUCCGACGAUGUUGCUUGCAUUGAUCUGUGCCUUAUCAUCCAUUAAAUAUGAUGUGAAGAAGGCCAUGAGACCUGCCCCUGCUCGAACAAUUGCAAAGCCACUGCAGAGCUCAUCAAAAUCUAAGCUGAAAUGAGAUGAAUUGUAAGCAACAGUUCUGUUGAGGAUGUCACUCUUUUCUUUUUAGGAUUCUUGUUGUCAAAAUUUUUGAAGAGUCUCACAUCAACAUAUGGAUCUUCAGUCCAACUUUUAUAGUCAAUUGAAUUGCGAGUUUUAUAUGGCUUGCUGGGUAU